UUUGUUAUAGAGACGGCCGCCAUUAGAGUUUUGCUGUCGCGUCGCGUUGAGAAAAGUGUGGAAAAACCGUCUAAAAACAGUGCUAAUAGAUAACGCUGCAUUAGUUGCGUGGAUAUAAAUCGAAGGAUUCUCUUGGAUAAAGUACAAGAAAAGGAGCUGAAAUAUGGCCUCGCCCUCUCCGGCGAACAGUCCCAUGCCACCGCCACAGGCGCCCAGUCCGAUGGCACCGCCCUCGCAGAGUCCCGCCCCCUCACCGCACAGCCCAUAUCCGCACCAGCAACCAGGUCCAUUGCAAGGACCUCCACCACCUGGCCAUCCCGGGGCCUACGGUCAUCCCAUGCAGCACGGACCACCGGGACAGGGUCCACCCGGCCAUCAUAUGCCGCCGCACCAUCAGGGGAUGAUUUUCUCAAAAGGUCCUCACAUGGGAAUGCAGAUGCCGCCGACGGGUCCAAAUAUGUCCCCUAUUGGUUACCAAACCCAUGGAAUGCCACCCAACGCUCCCACGCAACCCUGCAUAGUGUCACCUGGUGGUCCACCUGGCGGUCCGCCACCCCCGGAGCGAUCUAGCCAAGAGAACCUUCACGCCCUUCAACGCGCCAUUGAUUCAAUGGAAGAAAAGGGUCUGCAAGAAGAUCCCCGCUACUCCCAGCUUUUGGCAAUGCGGGCCACCUCAAAGCAUCAGCAUCUCAAUGGCAACCAGGUUAACCUGCUGCGCACACAGAUCACCGCCUACCGAUUGCUUGCGAGAAACAAGCCUAUUUCCAUGCAGAUGCAGCAGGCGCUUCAGGCGGCACAGCAACAACCACCGCCAGGACCACCGAUUGGACCACCCGGGGCACCAAGUGGGCCGCCACCAGGGAGUCAACAUGCUGGUCAACCGCCUGUGCAGUCACAACAGCAGCAACAACCGCCCCCAUCAGCGGGAACACCGCCGCAGUGCUCCACACCACCUGCUAGCAAUCCUUAUGGUCCGCCAGUUCCUGGCCAGAAGAUGCAGGUAGCUCCUCCGCCACCGCACAUGCAGCAGGGCCAGCCUUUGCCUCCACAACCCCCGCAGGUUGGUGGACCUCCACCCAUACAGCAGCAACCACCACCACAGCAACAACAACAGCAACCGCAAGCACCGCCACCGGAGCAACUGCAGCACCAGCUGCCAAACGGAGGCAAACCCCUCAGCAUGGGACCCGCAGGAGGGCAGCCGCUUAUACCAGCGUCGCCUAUGCAGCCGCAAGUGAGGGGUGCCCUGCCAGGAAUGCCGCCUGGCAGUCAGGUUCCACAGCCAGGUGGAGGCCCUCCUCGACAGGUACCUCCGGCAGGCAUGCCCAUGCCAAAACCGAAUCGCAUCACAACAGUGGCCAAGCCUGUGGGUCUGGAUCCCAUUACAUUGCUACAAGAAAGGGAAAAUAGGAUAGCAGCCAGGAUAUCAUUACGCAUGCAGGAAUUACAGCGUCUGCCUGCCACUAUGUCCGAGGAUCUGCGUCUGCAGGCGGCCAUCGAGUUGAGGGCCCUGAGGGUCUUGAAUUUCCAGAGGCAGCUGCGUAUGGAAUUUGUCCAGUGCACGAGAAGAGAUACAACUUUGGAGACAGCGUUAAAUAUUAAGUUCUAUAAGCGGACCAAGCGACAGGGUCUGCGGGAGGCGCGUGCCACCGAAAAACUGGAAAAGCAACAGAAGCUAGAGGCUGAACGGAAGCGCCGGCAAAAGCAUCUGGAGUUCCUUGCCGCGGUGCUUCAGCACGGCAAGGACCUAAGAGAGUUCCACAGAAAUAAUAAGGCCCAGCUUGCCAGGAUGAAUAAGGCAGUGAUGAAUCAUCAUGCGAAUGCAGAGCGCGAGCAGAAGAAAGAACAGGAGCGCAUUGAGAAGGAACGUAUGCGCCGCCUGAUGGCCGAGGAUGAGGAGGGUUACCGAAAACUGAUUGAUCAAAAGAAGGACAAACGAUUGGCCUUCCUGCUAUCGCAGACAGACGAGUACAUCAGCAACCUCACUCAGAUGGUGAAGCAGCACAAGGACGAUCAGAUGAAAAAGAAGGAGGAGGAAGGCAAGCGGCUGAUAUUGUUCAAAAAGGAGCUGCUGAUGAGCGGCGAGUAUAUAGGAAUCGAUGAGGGUAGCAUUGUGGCAGAUAUGCGUGUUCAUGUGGUGGAGCAGUGCACGGGCAAGAAACUCACGGGCGAUGAUGCUCCUAUGCUGAAGCACUUGCACCGCUGGCUAAACAUGCAUCCUGGCUGGGAUUGGAUUGACGAUGAGGAAGACAGCUGUGGCAGCAGUGAAGAUCAUAAACCUAAGGUUGAAGAGCAGCCCACGGCAGCGGAGGAUGUUACCGACAAGGCACAACCAGCUGGAGGCGAAGAAGAUCCCAAGGAUCUGAUUACCAAGGCCAAGGUGGAGGACGAUGAGUACAGGACGGAAGAGCAGACCUACUAUAGUAUUGCUCACACCAUUCAUGAAAAGGUUGUUGAGCAGGCUAGCAUUAUGGUGAAUGGAACGCUGAAGGAGUAUCAGAUUAAGGGUUUGGAGUGGUUGGUCUCGCUCUACAAUAACAAUCUGAAUGGUAUUCUGGCCGAUGAAAUGGGUUUGGGUAAAACCAUUCAGACCAUUUCGCUGGUAACCUAUCUGAUGGAUCGCAAGAAGGUUAUGGGUCCCUACCUAAUUAUUGUCCCACUCUCGACCUUACCCAAUUGGGUGCUGGAAUUUGAAAAGUGGGCACCAGCAGUCGGUGUGGUUAGCUACAAGGGUAGCCCACAGGGACGGCGAUUGCUGCAAAAUCAAAUGCGAGCAACCAAGUUUAAUGUGCUGUUGACCACCUAUGAGUACGUGAUCAAGGACAAAGCGGUGCUGGCUAAGAUCCAGUGGAAGUACAUGAUCAUUGACGAGGGUCACCGAAUGAAGAACCACCAUUGCAAACUUACCCAGGUGCUGAACACCCACUACAUUGCUCCUUAUCGGUUACUACUUACGGGUACACCUCUGCAAAACAAACUACCCGAGUUGUGGGCGCUACUUAAUUUCUUGCUGCCCUCCAUCUUUAAAUCUUGCUCAACAUUUGAGCAGUGGUUUAAUGCUCCAUUUGCCACGACCGGAGAGAAGGUCGAGCUAAACGAAGAGGAAACCAUCCUUAUCAUUCGCCGUCUGCACAAGGUGCUGCGUCCUUUCCUAUUGCGUCGCCUCAAAAAAGAGGUGGAGCACCAGCUGCCCGACAAGGUCGAGUAUAUCAUAAAGUGCGACAUGUCCGCCCUGCAAAGGGUUCUAUACAAGCACAUGCAGAGCAAGGGCGUUCUUCUUACCGACGGAUCCGAGAAGGGUAAACACGGCAAGGGCGGAGCCAAGGCGCUUAUGAACACGAUCGUCCAACUACGAAAGCUGUGUAACCAUCCGUUUAUGUUCCAGCACAUCGAGGAGAAGUAUUGCGACCACACUGGAGGUCAUGGUGUGGUGUCAGGACCCGAUCUAUAUCGUGUAUCUGGAAAAUUCGAGCUGCUUGAUCGCAUCCUUCCCAAGCUGAAGGCCACCAACCAUCGCGUUCUGCUUUUCUGUCAGAUGACCCAGUGCAUGACCAUCAUAGAAGACUAUUUGGGAUGGCGCCAGUUUGGUUACCUUAGACUAGACGGUACCACCAAGGCCGAGGAUCGUGGUGAGCUGCUGCGCAAGUUCAACGCCAAGGGGUCGGACGUGUUUGUCUUCCUACUAUCCACUCGAGCUGGUGGUUUGGGUCUCAAUCUGCAGACUGCAGAUACUGUAGUAAUCUUUGACUCCGAUUGGAAUCCCCAUCAGGAUCUGCAGGCACAGGAUCGUGCCCAUCGUAUUGGACAACGUAACGAGGUGCGCGUUCUACGUCUAAUGACAGUCAACUCGGUGGAGGAACGUAUUUUGGCUGCCGCCAGAUACAAGCUGAACAUGGACGAAAAGGUCAUUCAGGCUGGUAUGUUUGAUCAAAAAUCAACUGGUAGCGAGCGGCAGCAGUUCCUCCAGACUAUUCUGCAUCAGGACGACAACGAGGAGGAGGAAGAAAAUGAGGUGCCAGAUGACGAAAUGAUCAACAUGAUGAUUGCUCGUAGCGAGGAGGAGAUCGAAAUCUUCAAGCGCAUGGAUGCGGAAAGAAAGAAGGAAGACGAAGAAAUCCAUCCAGGAAGGGAACGUCUAAUCGACGAGUCCGAGUUACCCGAUUGGUUGACAAAGGACGACGACGAGGUAGAGCGUUUCCACUAUCAAUACGACGAGGAUACAAUUCUGGGUCGCGGCUCCCGGCAGCGAAAGGAGGUCGACUAUACGGACAGUUUGACAGAGAAGGAGUGGUUGAAAGCCAUCGACGAUGGUGCUGAGUUCGACGAGGAAGAGGAGGAAGAUGAUUCCAAGCGCAAACGACGCAAACGUAAAAAUCGGAAGGAAGAGUCCGACGACGAUUCGCUAAUCUUGAAGAGGCGGCGACGCCAAAACCUGGACAAGCGAUCUAAGAAGCAGAUGCACAAGAUUAUGAGUGCGGUGAUUAAGCACAACCAAGAUGGACGCACUCUGUCCGAGCCAUUCAUGAAGUUGCCGUCGCGCCAGCGGUUGCCCGACUACUACGAAAUCAUCAAGCGGCCUGUGGACAUUAAGAAAAUCCUGCAGCGGAUCGAGGACUGCAAAUAUGCUGAUCUCAACGAGCUCGAGAAGGACUUUAUGCAGCUGUGUCAGAAUGCACAGAUCUACAACGAAGAGGCCUCCCUGAUCUACCUGGAUUCGAUAGCCCUGCAAAAGGUAUUCGUCGGGGCCAGACAACGGGUAACAGCAGCUGCAGAUGCAGCCGCAGUAGCAGCCGGAGAUAAUACGGGUGAAGCACAUGGAAAUGGCGGGGGCUCCGAUAACUCGGACAACGACGAUGAUGAUGGUGGGGAUGACAACUCCGACGACGAGGAAAUUGCUACCACAUCCGCGGCUGCUGUUAAAAUGAAGUUGAAACUAAACAAAUCUCUGGCCAGUGCUCCGUCAACGCCCACGCAAUCAUCGUCGCAUGUGGGCAGCGGAGCAGCCACCACAUCCAAGAAGCAGACGCGUCGCAAACGGUCUCAAAAGAAAUACACUAUUUCGGACGACGACGACGAUGACAUGGACUAGCUACCGUUGGGAGUGAUCUUUAAGCGCAGAUCGUCAGAUGUCGAAGGCAUGGGCAAUUGAUUUUUAGUUAGCUUAAGUUUAAACCCUUUCGAGGAUGAUGCUUACCAAAACCCUUUGAUGAGAGUUUUCUGAACCAUCUACCCUCCCUAUCAGGCUUUCUAUUCAUAUUUCCUAGUUGUAGGUUCAAUUAUGCACGCACACAAGAUUUAUUUCUCCCAAUUCUAUUGAUUGUAUAUUUUCGUGCUUUAAAAUAAAUUCAUACUUAACAUAAAA